CAGAACUCUUGUGAAGUGAAACUCUUCAACCUUGAAGCCAAGUGCUGCCUUGUUGCGAAGACUGUGACAACCCUCACUUAAUAAAACAGCCUUUGACCUGUGGACAUCUUCAGGAACCAGCUGUGGAAGUGGCAAAAAUGGCCUCAACUGGUUUACGCCGUGAGAAACACCUGCUGACCUUAGGCAUCUGCUGUUCGCUUGAUAGACGCUAUGGUCGUCUGGUGAGGCCAAUGCAAAUCCUUCAGAUAAUCGCUACAAACCUGAGGAACCGUCCUCUGAGCAGAUCAAACAUCGACUCCAUUUACGAGUCCAUACCCAGCCUGUACCACAGCCUCGUGACAGGUUCUAAGGACUUCCCUUUAAUCCCAGUGAAAGGAUUGUACAUCUCGCGCCUGAUGUUCACGCCCUUUCCUCAUAGCAGGCACAGCCAGAGGGAGAAUGCCCCACCAUCUCCUCUAACCGAAGAACCAGCAAGUCUGGUGGUGCCCACUGCAGGCUCCAGUUCUCCUCCUCCAAAUAUACUGACUCCAGUUCUUCCUGAGAAGACGGAGAUAGAAGCGCUGAAGGCCGACCGCAGGAACUGUGUCCGCAGCUUGGAGUUUGAUGGCAGCACUGUCACCAGAGUCAUCUCCACUGUGUACCGCACUGAAAGCGCUGAGCUGACCAACUGCUGGAGAGUGACCGACUACACUGCAGACGGACACCUUCUCAUGUCAGUCCUCUGUCGGUUUAAUAAGGUGUCGACAAAGUGCGCAAGACUCUGA